AUGGCAGUGUUUGUAAUAAUCUUGGUGAUUUGUGCACUAGCUCUGAUACUUAAACUACAUGAGAAAAACACAAAUGGAAUGUGCAAAUCGAAAAAGAAGCUUGAAGGAAGAGUAGCCGUGGUGACCGGCGGUACUGCCGGCAUGGGCCUGGAGAUAGCAACAGACUUAGCCCGCAGAGGAGCCAAGGUCAUCAUAGCUUGUCCUUUCGAACAAGAAGGUGUCAACGCUAGAAGAACAAUAAUCGAAAGUACUGGCAGCCAAAAAGUGAUAUUCAAGUUACUAGAUUUGGCAUCGCUAACUUCCGUGCGUCAGUUCGCCGAAGACAUUUUACAAUCAGAAGAAAGAUUGGACAUCUUGAUAAACAACGCCGGUGUCGGCGCUCCUAGAAACACCAAAACGAUUAACGGAACCAAUUUCAUCAUGCACGUGAAUUAUUUUGGACAUUUCCUCUUGACUCUUCUUCUCCUGCCACUAUUGAAGAAGUCCGGGACGCACUGUGAACCGAGCAGAAUAGUCAACACGGCAUCAAUCAUGCACUAUUUUGGCACAACUAGCUACAAGCGCUAUAACAAGGAUAAUAUAUUGUACAGAAUACGUUACUAUAGCAACAGCAAGUUUUGUUUCAUAUUAUUCACACACGAACUGAGUAAAAGAUUGAAAGGAUCCAAUGUGGUUGUGAAUUCGGUGCAUCCGGGAUUAGUGGGGACGAAUAUAUACACUACCGUUGAAGUUAUAGGUACAAUUUUGAAAUAUGUUCUCUUGAACAUAUUCAAAACGCCUUGGGAAGGAGCGCAGACGGCAUUGCAUGUGGCACUAGACGAUGAGGCGGGACGAAUCACGGGACAAUACUUUGUGAACUGCAAAUUGACGAAAGCCAAGAGUGCUGCGUACGAUGACGAAAGAUCAGCAAGACUGUGGGUAAAUUCUAUGAGGAUUGUCAAACUUGAUGAAAAGGAACUGAAACAGUGUUUACAAUAA